AUGUCUAAAGCCAUCUAUAUUCGAGGUACGUUGUCAGGUAAAAUGGAAGUUUCCAUCAAAAGAGGUCAAGCCGAUCUGUUCAUUGACUUGUUAUAUGCACAAGAUAAAGCAACAGAGUCUUUUAUAAGAACAUGUACAGAGUGGGUUGAUAUUAGAAAUUACACAGUUUCCGUUUUGAAUGAACUGGUCGGAGAUUUAGACAAGCAUCACAAGAAUGUCAACAUCGCUUCGCUAGCUGGAACUUCAGUCAGUGCCUUGGGUGGUGUAGCCGUCAUUGGUGGUCUUUUAUUUGCCCCAGUAACUGGUGGUGCUUCAGCAGUCCUAGCAAUUGGUGGAACCAUAGCUAGCCUAACAGGCGGUGUUACUGCUUUCGGAUCUUCACUGACUGAGUUAGGAAUAACUCAUUUCCGUUGUAAAAACAUUCAAGAAAAUAUAGAUCGUGAUAAAAGUAGCUCUAUAGGUUUGGCUAAAGAAAUGAAAAAAUUUGUUGAAGUUGCGCAUAAUAUAGAAAAUUUUUUGGAGACUGCCCAGUUUACAAAUGUGGAACUGGUCGAGAUCGCAGACAGGUUUAGCUAUUUGGUAAGGUUGAAGAAAUUUGGGAAAAGUGCAUUGGUUACUAUUCAAGAAUUUAUCAGAAGAAUUCAGGAAGUGAUUAAAGACGAACGAGUAAAAAUGGCAUUCGACAUCCUUAAAAAGGUUAUGAAGGGUUCGGGAAUAAGCGUAUGUGGUUUAAAGCAGCCUUUUCAGGAAGCAAUGAAUACAUUGAGAUAUAGUAAACUGGCAAACCUGAACAUAAAAGAAUUUCUAGCGGCGCUGAAGGGUUUCUUGAAAAAUCCAUCUACAUUACCAAAGGGGGUAAGAUAUGGAAUGGGCGCUCUUAGUGCUGUUUUUAUAGUUGUAGAUGUUUGGUGCAUCAUAACUACGUCUGUUGAUAUUCAUAAAGGUUCUAAAUCGAAAGUGGGAGCCGAAAUAGGUGAGAUUAAUUCAAGAUUAAUGCAAGGGAGAGACGACAUUACUGAACUGAUUGCUGAAUGGGUAUAA